AUGUCGACCAUAGUCGACUCCCGUCCUAGGGGGACGUACAUCCCGGCCGACUGUCCAAGUUGUAGAUCCCAACAGGAGUAUAUGGUACCCCCUACAUUCAUAGGUACCCUCAGAGUGAGAUGCGCAGCCUGUAAACAAUUCUUCACCCACCCUCAGCCUAAGCCUACAUCAGGUACAUCUCGUCAAGGUGGAUCAACCAGUAAUAACACCAACGGGCCCUCUCGAGAUACCGGUCGAAGAGGUAUAGGAACCGAUAAGAACCCCAUCGAUCUUGCUUAUUACGAAGUACUGGGAUUGGAUAGUCAAUGUACGACAGAAGAAGUAAAGAAGGCUUAUAGGAGGCUCGCAAUCAAGCUGCACCCAGAUAAGAAUCGUGACGACCCCGACGCCGAAGAGAAGUUCAAACAGAUUUCAAUAGCUUAUCAAGUCCUCUCGGACCCGGAACUGCGACACAAAUAUAAUGAGUUUGGCCAAAAGAACGGAGGAGGCGUGGCUGAGCCCGCAGGAGGGUUCCAAGAUCCAGAAGAGGUGUUUGGAAAGAUGUUUGGAGGUGAUAGGUUUGAGGAUCUGAUCGGGCAGAUCAGUAUUGGCAAAGACAUGAAAGACGCCUUCCAACAGCAACACGAAGCUGAGGCUGGCGAUUACAUGAUUGGACCGACGGGUAAACCCAUGAUGACCCCUGAUGCGAUGCAGAGGAAGCUGCUAAGAGAUCGAGCUGUAGCUGAAGAAAAAGCUCGAGUGAGAAGAGAAAGAGUGGAGAAAUUGGCAAAGAACUUGGUGAACAAGUUGAACAUUUACACGGAAGCUGCUAAAGGGACGGAAGAUAAGUUGGUUGGAGCUAGUUUCAAAGAAAUAUGUCGUCUUGAAGCUGAAGAUCUCAAAGAGGAAAGCUAUGGGACUGAGCUGUUGAACGCUAUCGGAAAAGCAUAUCAAGCCAAAUCCGCUCAACAUAUGGCAUCAUCACAAUUCGCCCCGCUUGGUUGGUUCCAUGGUGCUAAGAAUACCUUCAACGUGAUGGGUGAUACUGUCGCAACGGUCCGAUCUGCUUUAGAACUCAAAGCUGUCUUUGAUAAAUUACAACAAGCUGAACAGAGCGGUAUGUCACCCGAGGAAUUGAGGAAAUUGGAAGAACAAGCUGCUGAACAAGGUAUAAGGACACUGUGGAAGGGUGCCAAGUUAGAAGUCGAGAGUGUGGUCAGAGAGACCUGCGAGAAGGUGUUGACUGAACCUUCGAUACCUAAAGAGAAGUUACAUAUGAGAGCGUAUGCCCUGGGAUUAAUGGCUGAUGCAUACCUCGCAAUUCGUAAAGAUGGGGAAUCCCCUGCAGCAGAAGAGUUCGUGAAAGUUGAAACCCCCGCAUCGAAACAACGCGAUGCGGCUAAUGCAAGUGGUAAACCGCCUGUACCUCCCAGGCCAGUCAAUGGCGCCGCAUCCGCAUCCACACCUACGCCUGCACCGGCUCCCGCUCCUGCUGUACCACCCAGACCUACAACCCAGACGCAAGAGAAACCCGCAGCUGCUACCACUAGUAAUGCGUCGGCUGCGGAUAAGGAGAAAGAGGAGACUCUGAAUGCUGCUUAUAAAGCUUAUGAAAGUAAACGGAGAAGUGGUGGGAAUCCCGGCGGACCUAAUGAUACGUUUUCAUAG